AUGGUGGAGUGUUUGGAGACCCUCCCUAUUGGGGAAGAGCCAACGUGUCCCCGAGGCACCGAGUUUGGAGAGCCGCCUGCUCCGGGCUGGUCCGAGGAACAGGAGUGCUCAUCCCCCACUCUUCCCCCCUGUCGCCCUGCCCCCUUGGCCCACAGGGAGCGGCUGCCCGUCAACUUCUUUAAGUUCCAGUUCCGGAAUGUGGAGUACAGCUCCGGGCGGAACAAGACCUUCCUGUGCUACGUGGUUGAAGCUCAGGGCAAGGGAGGCCAGGUGCAGGCCACCCGGGGGUACCUGGAGGACGAGCACGCCGCCGCCCACGCCGAGGAGGCCUUCUUCAACACCAUCCUGCCCGCCUUCGACCCGGCCCUGCGCUACAACGUCACCUGGUACGUGUCGUCCAGCCCCUGCGCGGCCUGCGCCGACCGCAUCAUCCGGACCCUCGGCAAGACCAAGAACCUGCGCCUGCUCAUCCUGGUGGGGCGCCUCUUCAUGUGGGAGGAGCCCGACGUGCAGGCCGCCCUGAGGAAGCUGAAGGAGGCCGGCUGCCGGCUGCGCAUCAUGAAGCCCCAGGACUUCGAGUACGUCUGGCAGAAUUUUGUGGAGCAAGAAGAGGGCCAAUCCAAGGCCUUUGAGCCCUGGGAGGACAUUCAGGAGAACUUCCUGUACUACGAGGAGAAGUUGGCGGACAUCCUGAAGUAGGCCACUGGGCCCAGCCUCACGUCUGCCUGCUGCCACCAGGAGACAGCAGUGACAUGUAUGGCCAUCUUGGACAUGCCUGACUUCCUAAUACCACUUGAGAUGGACAACAUUGGACACCAACCAAUCCUAGUGCACAGGUCCUCCAAGGACUCUAAAUAUACCGCUCAUGCUGUAAAUCAUUUAAGCCACGGCUCUCCCUAAGGCUGCUCUUGGGAAAGAGGAAAGUGAGUUACAAAGAAAGAAAUGGCAACUACAUAUGGGCACCAGGCAUCUGGGGGGCAGAAGGGCCUAAUUAUUCCCCCAAUGGGCUGCUUGAGGCAAAGAACCUCAGACCCAAGGUCUGUGCAGAUCUUUGAAAUAUGUCCAGAAAUGCAUUUUACAUGAAGUUGGAUUUUUUUUUUUUUUUAAGAAAAAUAGCAACAUUAAUAAAAGAAGUGGUGUGGUU